UUCCAGUAGAGAGAGGCAGAAUAUAUGCGUGUGUGAGAAGGAGUGAGCGGGGAAUCCGGAGAAAUACCUUAAUGGAUUAUUGGAUGGACCUGUUUGUCCUUUACGCAGAAGGAAUCUGAUUUUUGGACAAAAGCAAUGGAUUGAGUUUCAACUUGACCAUUAAUAGACGGGUUCUGUCACCGGUAAGACAGAAAGCCAACAUGGACGCCGGUAGUCUGAUACAACAUAUUGAACGAGAUGAAGAGACCACUUCGUGGCCAUUGUCGAUGACCACUGAGUGGUUGGAGGACGGGAACGAGACGACCUGGAAUCAGUUCCAACAGCCCGACUGGCAGGUGGCUCUCUGGGCUAUAGCGUACUCCCUCAUCAUCCUGGUGUCCAUCACUGGGAACGUCACAGUGAUCUGGAUUAUCCUCGCUCACAGGCGCAUGAGGACUGUGACCAAUUACUUCAUUGUCAACCUGGCUUUCUCUGACGUUUCCAUGGCGAGCUUUAACACCCUUUUUAACUUUGUGUAUGCGCUUCACAAUGACUGGUACUUUGGCUUGGGUUACUGCAGGUUUCAGAACUUCUUCCCCAUCACUGCCAUGUUUUCGUCCAUAUACUCAAUGGCUGCCAUUGCAGUGGACAGGUACAUGGCCAUCAUCCAUCCUCUGAAGCCUCGCCUCUCCUCCACCUCUACAAAGGUGGUGAUUGCCCUGAUAUGGAUUGUGGCAGUAUCACUGGCGUUUCCUCAGUGCUACUACAGUGUGACAAGAUUUUAUUACCCCAGAACUGUGUGUAUGGUUGACUGGCCUGAUGAUUAUGGAGGAACACAUCAACUAAGUUAUCAGUUUGCGGUUAUAUUGCUGAUCUACCUUCUCCCUCUGCUGGUGAUGCUGGUGACAUACACUAUAGUCGGCCGAUCGCUGUGGGGUGGGCACAUCCCUGGAGAGGCGUCAGACCAUUACCAUAGCCAGAUAAAUGCCAAGAGAAAGGUGGUGAAGAUGAUGGUUGUGGUGGUGGUGACGUUUGCCCUAUGCUGGCUGCCCUACCAUGUCUACUUCAUACUGGGAUCAUUUAACAGAGACAUUUAUAAGCAACAUUACAUUCAGCAGGUGUAUCUGGCCAUAUUCUGGCUGGCAAUGAGUUCAACUAUGUACAAUCCUAUUAUUUACUGCUGUCUAAACCAAAGGUUUCGCGCUGGUUUCCGUCAUGCCUUUGCUUGGUGUCCCUUCAUCAAAGUGUCAGAGGAGGACAAGAUGGAACUGCAGCACACACACACCUUCAGAGUCACCAUGACCCGCAGCCACCGCAAUGACAUGUCAUCUAUUAGAACAAACACUACAUACGUCUCAAACACGCUUGCCAGCAGUGACCUGGUCACAGAGAGAGAUGCUCGCAGACACCUUAAGAAGAACACACGCAACUCGCAUCCGGUGAAGAAACUGGACGACACAAAAUCUCCAGCUGUGGCGCUUAUGGAGCACACCCAGUGAUCGCUGACAGACAUCAUGAUGAGGACAUUCUCAAAGGGAAGGCAGCAAGAUUUUUCUGAAUUGUGAAUAAAAACACUACAGCUGGUGGAGACAGAGGAAGCCCUGCGGAGUACUGGACAGAGUUAAUCAAACUAAGGCAUUCAUUCCUGUGGAUCAGGAACUUUGUAUAAUACACGAUGGAUGAAUGAAUGUGACUAUCAAGCUAUUGCAGCACAUGCAAAACAUUUAAUUAUGCCACUGAAACAUUUGUGGCUGUGUGUAGAUUAAUCCAA